AUGUCCGAACCUACCGAGUCGUCCGAUCACUUGAAGGUCUCCAAUUUUACUUAUCGACAAUUACAAGGGUUACGACAGGGAUCUACGGCAACCCCUCUACGCGUAAUUGCGCAUAUCGAUCUCGAUGCCUUCUAUGCACAAUGUGAGAUGGUCCGCCUGGGCACUCCACGGGAUGUACCCUUAGCAGUGCGACAAUGGGAUUCUUUAAUUGCCAUCAAUUACGCCGCCCGACCCUUCGGAAUCAGUCGAUUAAUCACCGUUGCUGAGGCCAGGAAACUUUGUCCAGAUCUCGUCUUACAGCAUGUUGCAACUUUUCGAGAGGGAGAGGGAGGACGGUGGGCAUAUCGGGAUGAUUCAUUCAGAAAUAUCAGCACGGACAAGGUGUCGCUAGAUCCGUACCGAGCACAAUCGCGAAAGAUCCUCCAGACGAUGAAGGAGGCUCUAGCCGCAUGGAGUGCCGAUAACACGGAAGUUGAAUCCCAGAAUACGGGACAAGAAGCCUCGGCUGUGUUGGAGAAAGCCAGUAUCGAUGAAGUAUUCAUUGAUUUGUCUCCAUUGAUAUAUAGGGCGCUUCUUCAUAGAUACCCCGAACUUCGGAUGGGAACACAAGACGAGAACCGGGAUACAGAACUGCCUAUACCACCGACCACGGCUUUGCAAUGGGACACCGACUGCUUGGUGGACCUGGAUCAACAAGAAACAGAGGAAGAUGACCCAGACUGGGAUGAUGUUGUCAUGCUGAUAGGUUCCGAGAUUGUACGAUCGGUGCGAAAUGCAGUUUGGGAGAAACUCAGCUAUACCUGUUCCGCUGGACUUGGCCGCAAUAAGAUGAUCGCAAAACUAGGAAGUGCUUGCAACAAGCCCAACCUACAAACUGUUGUGAGGAAUCGGGCGGUGCAGAAUUUCCUAGGUGGUUAUAAAUUUACUCAAAUCAGAAUGCUGGGUGGUAAACUCGGUGACCAAAUAACUGCUGCCUUUGGGACCGAGAAAGUCAGCGAUCUUCUGAAUGUACCCCUUGAACAACUGCGCACCAAGCUGGCUGACCACACGGCAACCUGGCUCUACGGGAUCAUCCGUGGCGAUGACCGCAGCGAGGUCAACCCUCGAACCCAAAUUAAAUCUAUGCUAUCCGCGAAAUCUUUCAGGCCGAGUAUCAAGUCACUUGACCAAGCUGAGAAGUGGCUUCGAAUUUUCGCGGCCGAUAUAUAUGGCCGGCUUGUGGAAGACGGCGUGCUUGAAAAUAGACGUCGUCCGAAAGUGAUUACGAUGCAUCAUCGAACUGGAAAUGCACAAUCCCAUUCUCGCCAAAUCCCAAUUCCUGGGUCUAACGCAAUUAGCGAAAACCUUCUCUACGAUCUGGCCAAUACUUUGCUUCGUCAGGUUGUGGCUGACGGGCAAGCAUGGCCCUGUUCCAAUCUGUCAUUGAGCGUGUCAAGUUUUGAAGAUGGCGUGAUAAACAACAAGGCUAUUGAGGGCUUCUUGGUUCGCGGUGAUCAAGCAAAGGCUCUGAGCCAUUCUUCUAGACCCCGAGAUGCCGAUAAUUCUCCAAGUGAACAAGCUUCAACUGAGAAACGACGAAAGCUUGACGGAGAUGGGGGUAAGAUAAAAAGAUUCUUCGGCAACCCAUCACAUCUUGAAGAUACUGCCACAGAUGAGCCAAACAGCGCUCAAGAACCGGUUGAAAUGGAUGCCGAACUGAGCGGAAUCCCUCGGUUCGUAUGUCCAAGGUGCUCUAAGUCGAUGUUCGAGUAUGAAAAGGAAGAACAUGAUGAUUGGCACUUUGCCAAGGACCUCGCAAGCCAGGACAGAGAGGAGGCGAAGGUCUCACAGCUGCCGCCGCCUACCAAAAACAGUACACGCGGUAUGAAUACUCGUGGGAGAGGUAGUCGAGGGGGAGGGAGUCGGGGUAAGCCCGAGAAGGGGCAGAUGCGACUUGCUUUCUAG